AUGUCUGCGAUUGUUGCCACAAUCGAGUCGAAAAUCAACGACUAUUUGCAGACGAAGAACAAGGAGGACUGGAAGGAGAAAACCUUCACCCAAGCCGAGAAGUUCUCCGGUGUUCCGAGAGAAAGAAUUGUCUCCAUGUCUAUCCUGAUGCUCGCGAUCUACGUACUCCUCGGAAACUUUCUUCCAUUGUUCUCUCACGUCAUCUGCAUCUUCUGGCCAGUUAAGGAAAGCUUCAAGAUCCUUCGUCAACAACAAAAGCCAUCCGACAACAUUCUUCUCUACUGGAUUCUCUACGCCAUCGUCUCCCUUUUCGACUUCUCAGCCCUUCCAGGAGUCCCCUUCUACUACUUUGCCAAGACCGGCUUGUUCCUCUCCAUCACUACCAACGGAAUCGACAAGCUUAAAGAGUGGUCAGAGCCAGCUCUGAAGUUCACCGAAUCAUGGGUUCUUGUCACUCCACAACCAGAAGUUAUCGAGGAACAUCAUUAA